CUAAACAAAAACAAAACCGCCUGAUAAUCACAACCGGAGACAAGAGCCAAGAACGACCCAAAACCGGAAAAUUUCUCUAAAACCUCGCUCACCCAUUACCCAGAAGUUGAAUAACUCAAUGAGUUCAAAUCAACAAACACCAGAGGCAGAUUCAGUUCCAAAUCCAAACGUUAAAAGAGAAAAAGAGAAGAGAGUAAUGACAAUUGAAGAGUACCCAAUAGAGGGGUUAUCAAUAGGAGGCCAUGAAACUUGCAUUAUUUUGCCUUCUCUCAAUUUGGCUUUUGAUAUUGGGCGUUGCCCACAACGUGCUAUCUCUCAAGAUUUCCUCUUUAUCUCUCAUGCCCAUAUGGAUCACAUUGGAGGACUGCCCAUGUAUGUUGCUACGCGGGGCUUAUAUCGCAUGAAACCUCCAACAAUCAUUGUGCCAACUUCCAUCAAAGAAACUGUGGAACAACUCUUUGAAGUGCAUAGGAAGCUGGAUGGAUCAGAACUAAAUCAUAAACUGAUUGGUCUUGAUGUGGGAGAGGAGUUUUAUGUGAGAAAGGACCUUAAAGUAAGAGCAUUCAGGACAUACCAUGCAAUUCAAAGCCAGGGUUAUGUGGUUUACUCUAUAAAACAUAAACUUAAGCAAGAGUUCCUUGGCCUUUCUGGUAAUGAGAUUAAGAACUUGAAGGCAUCUGGUGUAGAGAUUACUAACACUGUAACUGCACCCGAAAUUGCUUUUACCGGUGAUACCAUGUCUGACUUCAUAAUUGAUGAAACCAACAUUGACGCUUUGAGGGCAAGGAUUCUUGUUAUGGAGAGCACUUUUAUUGAUGACACAGUGAAAGUGGAGCAUGCACGAGAUUAUGGACACACCCACCUAUCUGAGAUAGUCAAUUAUGCGGACAGAUUUGAGAACAAAGCUAUACUUCUUAUUCAUUUUUCUGCUCGUUAUACAGUAGAGGAAAUCCAAGAAGCCAUAUCUAGAUUGUCACCACCUUUAGCAGGCCGAGUUUUUACACUUACAGAAGGAUUUUGAUGAGGUUGAUGAGAAAUGAGGUCGAGAAAAUAUUUUCUGGUCAUUUCUUGCAUAUCAGGCAGAAUCAUUGUUGGGUUUUCUCUCUCCUUUUCAAUAGCCCUUUCAGGCCAUUGAACACAUCAUCAAGUACAAUCACAGUAUACUUGCUGUGCCUGUACAGAUCUGAGCAAAGGAAAAAAUGGUUUGUAACAAGUGAAUUUUCUAAAUUGCGGGUAGCAAGCGUUUUUCUAUUUUUCCCUUUUGACCCUAGAAAUUUAAUACAAUGGUGAUGAUAGCUUUUAGGUAGCAUUGAGAUUUAGCUUGAAUUGAGUCUCUCACUGCCACCAAAGUUGUUUAGUAAUUGGUGAUGAUUUUGGAACUCCAUUUCAAGUUGCUUAUAAAUUGAUGAUGACUUUGUAACACCAGAAUGGAAUUCGACACCACCAUUUUCAAUUUCCUGGUCA